GAGAUCUGCAGAUUGUAAAUUAUACAAGCAGCCACAAAGAAAGAAGAAACCAAGGGUAGUUGUUGAGGUGAGAUUCUGCAUUUCCUGUUGGGAUUUGCAGAUCUACGUCACCUGUCCGGACAGAUCGAGGAUCUGUCCAGACAGUUACUAAUCUGUCUCAAAAAUUGAACCAGCUAUCCGGUCUGUCCGGACAGAACACUGACAGAUGCUCUUUUUGAGGCAAACCAUAUUUCGAUUAUCAUUUUUCCACUCUAAAUUUGUGUUUAAAAGAAACAGGUGCAAAUAUCGUUGCCUCAAUCCCAUUCCCAGGCCUACUAGGAAUAAACUCCACGACCCCAAUUCUACCCUUUCCCCGGAAAACUAAACCACUACCUUGUAUUGCAACUUUUUUUAGAGCAAGGGAGGUAUUUCAGGUAUAUUGUUUAUGUUUCACGGUUGUUUCUGGUGCUGUUUUCGGACCUGAAGUAGCAUCACAGUCAUUCUUACUAACAGAGCUUUGAUCUUCGACCCAUUAUUCUAUCCACCUCUUGCAAUCGAAAUAGAUAAAUGUCUAAACUCACAAUAAAUAGUAGUAGCUCAAAGUUCACUUUUUCUUUUUGUCGGGUUGAGCAUGAAGAUGCUGGCGAAAUGCCAAAUGCAGUCAUUAAAUUAUUAGCAGAGUUCUUACUUGAAAUUGCCUAGUCUUUGUCAUUAAAUUAUUAAUGCUUUUGAUUGGUUUAUUUUUUUUUUCAAUAAUGAGCUAAUCUUGCACCGUGACUCUGUCUUGAGUUUGAUUAACCAAGUUUUUUCUCCUUAAAAGGCUUGGUCUUUCACGGUGCCGGCCAUAGUUUUCCUUCCUCCGUAUCUUCUAGUUUUUGACUUUUGGAUUCAUAUACCCAUCCCCUUCUCACUUUCUCAGUCGUCACAGUAAUCUUCUCGGAGAGAGAUGGAUCCAGAUUCGAAUUCGGACCCUAACCCGGAAGCGAACGACCUGCCUAUUCUCUCCUAUCUCUUAUCGCAGCUCGACUCCAGCAAUCACGCAACUCUCUCUCCUCAACUCCAACAAUCACUAUUUUCCCGGUAUCCCCACUUGACCAAUCCAAAAGUGGUUGCUUCGAUAGCCGAAUUCCUCCCGAUUUCGGUGUCUCAAACCCAUUCCCACCUCCUCGCACUCGGGCCCCGACCCGAUCCAGAUGCCGUCUCUGCUGCCCGAUCGAAGAUCGACCAGGCUGAAGAAGUGCAAGGGACGUCCAGUGAGACUGGGAUAUAUAAAGCAAUCUUGAGAUUAGAGGAGCUGCACCAGGAGUACCAGAGGCAGUUGAAGGAAGCGGAGGAGAAGCUCGAUGGAGCUUAUAGGUCGGUCGUGCGGGAUCUGGAAAAUGAUAGUGAAGUGAACGAGGAGAUAAUUUCGGUCCUGAAGGAGGCAGAGAGCGGGGCCAUGGAGAGGGUGGAGCUCGCUGGGAGGCAGUUGCGAUUUCUUCCUGAGGCCUUUGGGAGGAUUCGUGGUUUGGUGGUUCUCAAUCUCUCUCGUAAUCAAUUAGAGGUCCUUCCUGAUUCAAUCGCUGGACUAAAGCAACUUGAGGAGCUUGAUGUUUCUUCAAAUUUUUUGGGAUCCCUUCCAGACUCUAUAGGAUUGUUGCUGAGCCUUAAAGUCCUCAAUGUUUCCGGAAACAAAUUAAAGUCUCUGCCUGAAAGCAUUGCUGGUUGCAGAUCAUUGGUAGAAUUGGAUGCAAGCUUUAACAACUUGGUGUGUUUGCCAUCUAAUAUCGGUUUUGGUCUGCCAAAUCUGGAAAGGCUCUCCAUCCAGCUGAAUAAGAUCCCACUCCUUCCACCAUCUAUAUGUGAAAUGAGGUCUUUGAGAUUUUUAGAUGUUCAUUUUAAUGAGCUUCGAGGUCUGCCACGUGCAAUAGGGCGAUUGACAAAUGUUGAGGUAUUGAACCUGAGCAGCAACUUCAACGACUUCAAAGAGCUACCAGAAACAAUUAGUGACCUAAUUAACCUAAGGGAGCUCGAUCUCAGCAACAACCAGAUCCGAGGUCUUCCAGACUCAUUUGGUAGGCUUGAAAAACUAACAAAACUCAACUUGGAUGAGAAUCCUCUUGUAAUUCCUCCAUUGGAGAUAGUGAACAGAGGAGUUGAGGCCGUCAGGGAGUUCAUGGUAAAAAGGUGGCAUGAUAUUGUAGCUGAAGAACAACAAAGGAGCAUGGUUGAGACAAACAUGCAACAAGGUCAGACUGGGUGGCUGGCGUGGGGCUCCUCGCUGGUGAAUGACUUUGUUUCUGGGGUUUCUCAAAGUGCUACAGGACUUCUCGGAGGAGGAAAAGCCCCUAGGGAUCCAUAUCUGGAUCAGCAGCUGUAAAUCUCCUGCAACCGAGCCUGGUUGCUAUCCCUGUGUGUACUCCUAGUUUACAUAUUCAGUUCAUACUGCUUUAGGUUUUAGGAUCUGUAAAUUAAGAGAGGUUUUCUCACAUAUUUGGAGAUAAAUUGUUCAACUUGUAUGCUAUUUUACCAUGUAAAAUAUGUUUUCCUCGAAGUCACUAUAA